AUGGCUCCAGGUCAAAGCCGCAGUGUUUUCGUGGGAAACAUUCCCUUCAACCUGAGCGAGGAGAACAUUGUCAAGAUCCUUUCUUACGCCGGAACCGUUGUCAAAUUCAGACUCAUGUCGAACCCGGACACUGGCAAAUCGAAAGGCUUCGGCUUUGCUGAUUUCGCCGACGUCGAUGCUGCCGCAACCGCGGUCAGAAAUCUGAAUGACUACGAGAUCGACGGUCGCAAGAUCCGUGUUGAUUGGCCUCAUAAUAAUGAGAAAGACUCAGUCCCUUCCAAUUACGAUCAGACUGCUCAGAACAACGAUGCCUAUCAAGCCGGUGCUUCCAGCGCUCUCCCUCCUCUUCCACCUGGCGUGGAUCUGCCUCCUAAUUUGCGAGCCACCGAUGCCAUUUCACAGACUCUAAGCUCUCUUCCACCUUCCCAGCUUUUGGAUGUCCUCACGCAAAUGAAAGCCUUGGCCAUCUCUGAUCCCGCAAAAGCCACUGCCCUUCUCAAGACUGCACCACAAUUGUCCUAUGCCAUCUUCCAGUCCUUGAUCUUGAUGAAUCUGGUUGAUCCGAAGGUGCUGGCACAGGUUGUUGAGCAAGCUACCAGACCUACCCAGCCUGCAAACAUCCCUCCACCACAGCCUGCUCCUCAACAAUAUCCUGGCUAUCCCCCUCCAAUUCCUGGUCAAAUGCAGCAGCGUCCUCAUCAGCAAUAUGCACCAACCCCAGUACCGCAGCAAGCCCCACCACAACCCCCGGUCCAGCUGUCUCAGCAAGAAAUGAUUCAACAAGUCCUUGCCAUGGAUCAGAGAACCAUCGACUCCUUGCCUCCCACCGAGCGAGCACAGAUCAUUCAGAUCCGCGCACAAAUGGGCGUCAGAUGA